AUGAAUGUUUAUAGCGUUAAAGACAUUGUUAUGGUAUAUGGCCACAAAGCAACAGUUCAAUGGAUUGAGUAUUUAUCCAAUACAAAUAACAAAAAUGAAACAAAUAAAAUAUAUGCAGUGAAAUAUUUAAACAAAAAUGGCUAUAUGGAUGGAAUAUACAGGGGAAAGAAAAUGUUUACCCCUGAAAAUGGAUUAAUAGUAAUAUGCUCCCAUGAGUCUAUAAAACCGUAUAAUACUGAAGAAAGCGCUUGUAUAUUUAUACAAAAAAUUUAUCGAGGAUAUCGUUCUAGAAAAGAAUUCCAUACAAAUGUUUGUUGCAAAGUUUGGAGAAAGUUUGAAGAUUUACAUGAAAAUAUAGUUCUGAACAAUCAUGAAGAAAUUUAUAUCCCUUUAAUGAAAAAAAUAAAUGAAGAUAUACAAAGUGGUAUUAUUCAAUUUAAUUCCAAAUAUUUUUCAAGUAAUUCUAAUCAGAUUUCUUCUGGUUCUACUAUCUCAUACCAGAUGUCUUAUGAUUCUAACAUUCCAAAACUGAAGGAUAAAGUAAACAGGAAAUUUGCCAUUGAACUUUUUAAUUUUUUAUUAAUCACAAAAAAUUAUGUGCUCCCUAUCAGUAUGGUAUAUAAAAUUUUAAAUGAAACUAAAAAAAUGCUUUCAGAAAAUAUCAAAAGCUCUGUAUUAAAUUUGGAUUUAACUAAAAAAUCGAAAGACACAAAACUGGUUGUAUUAGGAGAUGUCCAUGGACAACUAAAUGAUGUUUUGUGGCUCUUCAACCGAUUUGGAUUACCCUCGUCAAACAACAUCUAUAUAUUUAAUGGUGAUAUUGCGGAUAGGGGGCAAAACGCUGCCGAAAUAUUUUUUCUUUUAUUUGCUUUUAAACUAAGUAAUUAUGAUAGUGUAAUAAUUAACAGAGGGAAUCAUGAAUGCUCUUAUAUGAAUGAAGUGUAUGGAUUUCAUAAUGAAGUUCUCUCUAAAUAUGACGAGUCUGUAUUUGACAUAUUUCAAGAAAUAUUUGAACUAUUAAGUUUAUCAGUGAAUAUUCAAAACCAAAUAUUUGUAGUACAUGGUGGACUGAGCAGAUAUCAGGAUUUAUCGGUGAAAGAUAUUGACAAACUAGAUCGAAAAAAACACGAAAUUCUUCAUCCUGAAAAAUAUGAAGAUACAAUAAUUUUUGAUUUGCUAUGGUCCGAUCCUCAAAAAGAUAAAGGUAUUGGAGGUAAUGCACGAGGAAAUAAUUGUAUAGCAUUUGGACCGGAUGUAACAGAAUCAUUUUUAAAAAAAAAUAAAUUUGAUAUUAUAAUUAGAUCACAUCAAGUUCCCAAAACAUUAAAAGGUAUUGAAAGUCAUCAUGAAGGGAAAUGUAUUACUUUAUUUUCUGCAUCUAAUUAUUGUAACAAAAUAAAAAACUUAGGAGCAGCUAUUAUAUUUAAUCAAGACUUAACUUUUGAAGUUCAUGAGUACAUGUCUCCAUCUCUUGAUGUGAUUAGAGAAACUUUUGAAGAAAAUCAAAAAUUGCGAGAAAAGGUUUUAAAUUCUUCUAAUAUUUUGGAGCUUGAAAAAAAUGAACAACGAAACAGCAAACAGAUCCCUCCCGAAGGAGCAUUAACUGAUAUAUUGAAUUUUUUGAGCACACUUAUAUGUAAUGAAAAAAAUAAUCUUUGGAAUAAUUUGUAUGAAAAAGACAAAGAAAACACUGGAAAAGUUCAUAUAAAUACAUGGAGGGAGGAACUGGAAAAACUUACUAAAACGAAAAAUGUACCAUGGAUUUAUUUAUGUAAAAAAUUUAAAAUGAUUGAAAAUAAUCAUGUAAAUUAUAAUAAUGUUCUAAGCCGAUUUAAAAUUAAUUAUGAUCCGGGUCAAACAUUUUUAAAAUCCGAAUGGAAAAAUGAAUGUUUUGAACAUUUAUAUGAAGCUUUACUAAAAGCAGAUUUAAGCUUAAGAGAAACAUUGAUGAUAUUCGAUAAAAACUUAGAUGGAAAAGUAUCUUUUUCAGAAUUUGAACAAGUCUUAAAAGAUUUAAAUAUCAAUCUCUCAGCUGAACAAGUCAGAAUAUUAAUGCGUUUGAUUAAUAGUAACUCAUUAUGUAACAAAAAUAGGAUUCAAGAAAAUGAUAAAAUAGAUGUAGCUGAAUUUAUUGGUAAAAUGAGAGUAUGUUAUCGUUUAGCUAUAAAUAAAGAAUAUAUUAACAAUGCGAAGGUUCAAAAAUUAAUUGAAACAAUUGGAAAACAUAUAUUAGCUGAUAGUUCAGAAAUUGCAAACUUCCAUUAUCGUUUUUAUGAAGAACAAGAUGAAUCAGAAAAUGCAGAUAGAAGAAAAAGAUCUAGUGUGAUUAAAUCUGUUGCAUUAUUUCAAAAAUUUAAAAAUUUUGACAAAUUUGGAGAUGGUUAUUUAGAUUAUUCUGAUUUUGUAAAGGCAAUAAAAAAUUUUGACAUGGACAAGAUAAGUAAAGAGGCGGGAUUUGAAGUGGAUGAUGAAAUAUUGUUGGAGCUAGCUAAAUCGAUAGAUAUAACAAAAUCAUCUAAAAUUAAUUUUUUGGAAUUUUUACAAGCUUUUUAUGUUGUUAAUAAAAGUAAAUAUUCUUAUGUUGACGAGAUAUGGUGCCAUAUAUGCACAGUUAUAUAUGAAAACAAGUUUGCUCUCAAGAGGUGCAUAAAAAAUUUAGAGGAUAAUUUUCACGGGAAAAUCACAAGCAUCCAACUUAGGCACAUACUGUUAGAACUUAAUAAGUUAUUGCAGGAGCAGAAACACUCCAAAAGCAAGCCUUUAACUGAAGAACAGAUAGAUCUUUUGUCUUAUAUCGUUGAAACGGACGAAUCUAUUAACUAUGAUGAAUUCUUUAAUUCAUUCAAACCUGUCUAUUAUAUAUGA